UUUAAGAGAAGACAAUCUUGCCCACCACCCUCUACACCCAGUCUGGUAACCUCAUUGGAUCAUGCUUAUUGGGACCAUUUUGCAUCACUUGAUCCUGUCAGUUCUUGCAGUAUUUAAAUUUGACUCUAAAGCUUGGAAGUAAGUUACCCCUUUAAGACCAAACAUCAGCAUCGGCUACUCUUCUUUGCAGGAUGGAUACAGAGCUGUCCUAAACACAUGUUAUAACCAAGCAUUCCUUUUUUCAUGAUCUUAAGAGAAAAAAAUAAUCGUGUUGUGUAUACAUAUUUUAGGUCUCCCUGGUGCUGUUCAUGUGUAUCCUCUCUUGCCAUUUAUUGCUUAAGAAAGGAAAAAAGUACCACAGCUGCAUGUGGAAGCACUUUGCGUUAUCUCAGUACAAAAGUCUCAACUUUCAGCAUGACAUAUUGAACAGGGCAUAUAAAAGUUUGAUGUUCUUAUUGGUGGUCCUAAAAGAC